AUGCAGCCCACCGGCCGCGAAAUGCACGGCGGCGGGCAGGGGCAGGGGCAGGGGCAGGACGACUUCUUCGAGCAGAUGCUGUCCGCGCUGCCGACGGCCUGGGCCGAGCUCGGCUCCGUCAGGCCCCCCUGGGAGCUCCAGGCGGCCGGCGCGCCCCCGCCCGACGGCGACCCUGGGUUCGACGAGUCCGCCCUCCUCGCCUCCCGCCUCCGCCACAACCAGAUCAGCGGCGGCGGAGGGGACGACAAGCCGCCGCCGGCCUUGCUCCCCCGCCACGGCCUCGACAGCGGGGGCUUCCUGCCCCUGCCGCUGUUCACUGACCGGUCCCGGGAGGACCUGCAGGGGGCUAACCAGGCGCUGUUCGACGGGUUCGGGGCCGCCGGAAUGCAUGGCGCCGGCGCCGCUCAGCCGCCGUUCGGUCAGGCCGGCUCAAUGCCGCCGCCAGCGGCGCAGAGCGGAGCGGCGGCGCCGCCGCGGCAGCGCCAGCGGGCGAGGAGAGGGCAGGCCACCGACCCCCACAGCAUCGCCGAGCGUCUGCGGAGGGAGAGGAUAGCGGAGAGGAUGAAGGCGUUGCAGGAGCUGGUCCCGAGCGCCAACAAGACCGACAAGGCAUCGAUGCUCGACGAGAUCAUUGAUUAUGUCAAGUUCCUCCAGCUUCAAGUCAAGGUUCUCAGCAUGAGCCGAUUAGGCGGAGCUGCGGCAGUUGGCCCUCUGGUUGCUGGCUUGUCAUCAGAGAGCAGCGGAAAUGGAAACGGGACCAGCAGCAGCGGCGACGGCAAUGGCGACGACGACAAUGGUGGUAGCACCUUGCGGGCGACGGAGCAACAGGUGGCGAGGCUGAUGGAGGAGGACAUGGGCACUGCCAUGCAGUAUCUGCAGGGCAAGGGGCUCUGCCUGAUGCCGAUCUCCCUUGCCUCGGUCAUCUCCUCUGCAACCUCAUCGUCGCUCCGCUCCGCCACCCGACCUGCUGGUAAUGCAGGAGGACCCCUACACGAAGGCGGUAGCCCUGCGUCGCCUCGGUUGGUGAACGGCGUGGGCGCCGAUGGCUCCCGGACCAUCAGGGAUGGCGGUAGACAGUGA